AGUCCCUCAAGUGUCAUUUUCUCACAUAUACUUCACACAAAAGAAACAGCCAUUCACUUCACAUACCUUGUCAUUUCUUUCUCUCUCUCUCUCUCUCUCUCCUUCCUCUCUCAAUCUUAAAUCUCAUCAUCUCUGCAACUACUCCAUCAACUUGAUUGAAUGCUUGAAACUCCAUCACACACUCAAAAACACAUAACUUCAGAAUAUCCAAUCAAUUAUUAAUUACACCUCCAUCUUGCAGUCUCUAACCUAGCUAACCUUCCAACUGUCUCUAUAUAUAAUUUUUUCCACUCCUUACAAAAAAAUUCAUACUAUUAUUAUUAUAUUCAACACAAGUGAAGAUAAAGGAGUGUUGAUACAAUUUCAAGCCAAAAACAAAACACUAAUUGUUUUGGUGAAGGUGUAGAUAGCAAAAGAUGGAGUUAUUUCCAGCACAACCAGAUUUGUCUUUGCAAAUUAGUCCUCCAAAUACAAAACAAACAACAACAAGUAAUUGGAAGAGAACAACAACAACAGAAGAAGAAAUGGAUUUGGGGUUUUGGAAAAGAGCUUUGGAUUCAAGAAACUCUUUAUCAUCAUCAAUGGCUUCUUCUAAAACUGAUAAUUACUCUUUUGACCUCUCUCUUUCAAAUCCAACAAAGCCUUUAGAUUCAAACAACAACACUUCAAAUAACCUCAUUCAUCAUCAUCACUUCCAAAAUAGUGGAAAUAAUAAUGCAAACAACCCUUAUCAAUCUUUUCAUCAAAAUAAUUACUUUCAACACCCCCAUCCCCAACCACUCUUUCAACACCACCAGCCACAUCAACAACACCAAAGCUUAAGCCAAGAACUUGGUUUUCUUAGACCUAUUAGAGGAAUUCCUGUUUAUCAAAACCCUCCUCCUUUGUCAUUCCCUCAACUUCAUAAUCAUAAUCAUAAUCUAAAUCAUCUUCAUAUUUUAGAUGGUACUACUACUACUACACCUUCUUCUAUUUCUAACACCAACAACACAAGUUCAAGCCCUUUUCAAUCACAAGCUUUGAUGAGGUCAAGAUUCUUGUCAAGAUUCCCAGCAAAAAGAAGCAUGAGAGCUCCAAGGAUGCGUUGGACUACUACACUUCAUGCUCGAUUUGUUCAUGCUGUUGAACUCUUAGGUGGCCAUGAAAGAGCUACUCCAAAAUCAGUUCUUGAACUAAUGGAUGUGAAGGAUCUUACAUUAGCACAUGUCAAGUCUCACUUACAGAUGUAUCGGACGGUGAAAACUACAGAUAGAGUAGGAGCUUCAUCAGGGCAAUCUGAUGUAUACGAUAAUGGAUCAUCUGGAGACAAUUCUGAUGACAUAAUGUUUGACAUUAACUCUUCAAGAAGAUCAUCUGAUUUAUCCAUUAAGCAGCAAGGAAGAUCAAGUGUUAAUCAAGAUAAAGAAUGUUAUGGUCUUUGGAGCAACUCUUCCCGGGAAGCUUGGUUACAUGGUAAACCAAAGGUUGAUUCUAUUGGAAACAUGCAAUCUCUUGAGAAGGAAAUGGAUCCAAAGUGUCUAAGCUAUGAGAGAAUAUCAGAUGGCAGUUCAUCUACAAACCUAUCAGGAUCAAGCCCAAAGAAACCUAAUUUGGAUUUGGAAUUCACCCUAGGCCAACCUCUUUGAGAUUUCACCCUAGCUUCUGAAAAAAAUAUAUUAUUCAUUAUUUACUACUACAUUUCUCUGAAACUGAAAGAGUUAGAGCAAUGGAAGCUGGUGAGAAAAUCAGAGAAAGAGAAAGCUAAAAGAAAAAAAGAAAGAAAGAAAAGUAAAAGGAGCUAAAGAAAGAAACACAAGGAGACAAGAAAGACAGAAAGCAACAAAAGAAGAGGGGGGUAGGGUGAAAAAGCAUGGCCUUCCUAUCAGAGUUCAUUGUGUUAGAUCCAAAUCAACAUAUUAUAUUUUUCUUUGGUAAAUAUAUGAAAUCUAAUUGAUUUGUAAUGUUUUGCAAUUUGAGAGAGAAAGAGACGUGAGAGAGAGAGAGAGAGAGAGGGUGAGCUUUUAGGCAUGUUAAAGUAUGAAGUGAUCCUUGGUAAUUGUAAUGGAGCACUUUAUGUUUAUGAAAUAUAUUUAGAUGUUUUCCACCAAA